AACAUCAAAGUUUAUUCACUUCAGUGUACUUUGAACAUCAUCUGUACAGGUGUACGUCAUGUUUCUCGCAGAGUGUACUUUUAGCACUGUAGUCUUCUGGAAGGACAAGGCUGCAGUCUGAUACGAUUCAAUCAAAAAAGGAUUCUGAUAUAUUAUUGUGGAUAUGGAGAAAAAGCAUCCAGGAGUUGGUCGUUGUAAAUGUGCAUUUUGGUUUGCUGUUUUUCACGACAUUUUUGGACUUUUUGUCCUCCUGGUUGGUGUGUUUUGGGACAUCUUUUUCCAUGACUUUUUAAUUUACGCCGGAGCUGUGAUCAUUUUUCUGAGUCUCAUCUGGUGGGUGUUUUGGUACACUGGUAAUAUUGAAGUUCCUCCUGAAGAGCUGGAGGACGACAUUGCUCAAUACAAACACUCUAAAGGAAUUUCAGGUGUUAUGCGUAAGGUCUCCAGCAGUCUCUCCAACGGGCUGAGGAAUUCUUUCAGGAGAAACGGAAGAAUUAACACUCAGGCUGAAGGCUCUCUGGCAAACCGCACGGCCAGAGCAGAUCAACCGGUUACCAUUGCCAUGAGCUCCUAUACGAAUACACAACCACCUGGGACGACCAACCCCCUGAACCAAGAUCCUUUGGUGAUAUAAUAUGCUGGAGGACUCCUAUUGGACAGGAGGGAGAAUCAAAUAAGACUUAUCUUUUGUACCACACACAGCAAACUUUGCUCGACAUUCAGUGUCAGGCUCUGAUUUGCAUCUCUAUUCCCACAGUGCUCUGCGGGGAGACCCUCCUCUUCACAUCUGCAUCCAUGCGGCCUAGAAAUGACUUGCCUUUAGAAGUGCUUUAUAGAUCUUUAAGAUCAUCAGUGUUUUCGGCUACUUUUUUGUAUAAUUGUUAAUAUAUAAAUAUUGUUAUAAAAAU